AUGAUGAAUAUCUCCUCCGAUAGUAGCACUAAUUGCUUCGAUUUUGCUUUAGAUCGUCUGGAAUCGUUUAACCAAUCAUUCAAAUAUGGGUAUGACUUUUCUUUCUGGGAGCUGAAGGUAGGGAUAAGUCUAUUGAAAACCUUCGAUAUGUAUAUUAGAAAGUGUAGGAGGAGAAGGAGCAGCCAGGAUACACGUUUGGAAAAUGAAAUGGAGGACCGCGGUAAUGCUAAGUCCGACAGUUUGAGACUUAGCAGUAUUUCAUUCAAGAUUCAAGAUCUUGUUAGCGGGAUAUCGCUGGGACUUGAAUAUACUCUUUCUAGAUGUAAUGAUGAUCAGCCUGAUGAGUCAGAUUUUAGUGACAUCGAUGUCGAUUGUGAAUGCGCCAGAUAUGAGGAAAAUAUGAGGUGCUUUUUUGAAACAGAUAUCAAGGAAUCAGGCAUCAUUGAUCUGCUGCUCUGCUACUCGCUGGGAGAUUUACAACUAGUUAUAGAUUUCAUUGAUUCCAUUUCAGAGAAUCUGAAGCAUCUUUGUAAAUGCUAUUAUGGAGUUGAUGAAGCUCUAAACACUGUAAUGGAAACCCUUGAAGAGAAGCUAAUGUUUUUGAAGAGUUUCAUUCGCUUUGCGACACUACAAGGUGUUGAGGGUCAGCAAUUAAAAGACCUAUUAGUUCACGUUGAAGUUGUGGCUCUCAAUGCUGCCAGCUUGAUCUGUGGAUCUUGGUUUAAGAGAAAUGAUCAACUAGCGUACAAAGAGAUGGAAUCUGAAAUUUCUCAACUGAUACAUAAGAAGAUUGAUUCCUUUGAUCCCCAAGUCCGAGAAACUUAUAUUAAUGUCUUGACAGCUUCCAAGUUAUCAAGACCAUCCUACACUUUAGCUAUGAAGAAGAACAAGCAUCUAGUGGCUGAAUUUAUUGAUUAUCUCAUGCGUAGUCUUAUGAAGCUAUUAGAAUCUUAUCCCAGUUUUCCGGUUCCAGUGAAGGAUCAAAUGCUAAAACUCCACGAGGGAGUAAGAUUCCUGAUCAUCCUUCUUAGUCGGCAGCAGGAGAAGUUCGAUGAGCUAAAUGAUGAGAUGAAGAAUUGCAUUGGAUUUGUAGUCUCUGAUGCAGGAAUAGUAAUUUUCUCCCUUUCUGUGAAUGAAAUGAAAGAAGGCUUGUGCAAUGAAACAGGUCUGGCACUUUCUCGUUUGGUCGAAGUGCUCAAGUUGGUCAUUGCAGAAGUUGGGCACAUAUAUGCACUACCAUCAUCAUCAUCACUUGGUUUCCCUAGGACUAACGAGCUCGGCUCUCUUGAUUUUCUUCUAGAAACUCUCAAGGAAUUAGCAAGUUCUACAGCUGAUUCAAUUGCUUUCUCAAACAAUCAAAUACACACAAUCCUAGAAGAUCUUGUAUUGUUAAGAUCUUUCCUAGGAAAUAUCGUGGAGCAGCGCAACCAAAAUGAAAAACUCCAAGCGCUUUGGAGUCGCAUCAUGAAGGUUGCAUACAGUGCAGAAUUGGAAAUUGACUCUGCACUGGUUGGUGAUCUACGUGAACAUUGUUUGGAUGCUGUUGCUGGAGAUAUCAAGCUUAUGAGGAUAGAGGCUGAAGGGAUCUAUAAUAGCAUAAGAUAUGAUGGUGAAACCCAGAGAGUUACCAAGACUACCAUUGACAUGCCAUCACAAGUUACUGUGCCAAUAUCCAGUGAAGCUCUGGUGGGUCUCAACGAUGAGGUAGAAAGUAUAAUUGAUAGACUUUUGAGAGGAUCGGAGCAAUUGGACAUUGUCGCCAUUGUGGGUAUGCCUGGGCUUGGUAAGACAACAAUAGUCAAUAAAGUUUACAGUGAUCCUUCGGUAAAGUUCCACUUCCACGUUCAUGCUUGGUGUUGUGUCUCUCAAGCAUAUAGCAAGCGUAGUUUGUCAGUUCAGAUAUUGUGUUGUAUUGACGGUGGGAGCUCCAUCCAGUAUCUUGAGAUGAACGAAGAUGAUAUGGCUGACAAACUCCACAAGUUUUUGAAGAGAAAUAGGUAUCUCAUCGUUUUGGAUGAUGUUUGGGACAUUGACGGGUGGGAUUUGUUGAAACACUCACUGCCAGAUGACUGUAAUAGAAGCAGGAUACUCUUAACCAGUAGAUUUCAGGAUUUGUCUUUGCAAAUGAAACCUGAUAGCAAGCCUCACCACCUUCGCCCACUUACUAGCAAAGAGAGUUUGGAAUUGCUGCAGAAGAAGCUAUUUGGCAAACAAGAUUGUCCUCCAACAUUAAGUGAAGUUGUACUGCAUGUAGCAAAAUACUGUAAGGGCCUACCUCUUGCAGUUAUCCUUGUUGCUGGAAUUCUUGCUACCACUCAGCAAGACAGCUGGGAAGAAGUCGCAAGAUGUCUAAGUUCCACCAUUUUUGUGGACAGUGAACACUGCAUGGAGACACUUGAGCACAGUUAUAAUUAUUUACCGGAUUAUUUGAAACCAUGCCUUCUUUACUUGAGUGCAUUUCAAGAAGACCGAGACAUUCCUGUCCGAGAGUUGUUAUGGCUUUGGAUCUCAGAAGGAUUUGUGCAACAGACUAACGGAAAGAGCUUAGAGGAUGUGGCAGACGAGUAUUUGAUGGAUCUGAUUGGGAGGAGUUUAGUUAUGGCUACCCAACAAAGAUCUUUAGGCGGGAUCAAAACUUGCCGAAUUCAUGAUUUGGUACAUGAGUUUUGUUUGGCGAAAGCAAAAGAAGAAAGAUUUUUGCAGAUUUUUCAUGCGGAUGACCUUCCUACUUUUACUGGACCGUGUUACCUCCACCGACUCUGCAUUUGCCCUACCACCAGUGAGGGACCUUUAAAUUCAAGUCUAUUUUUCCCCAAUUUGCGUAGUGUGCUCUUAUUUGAUUUUGGUUCUCUACCACUGGAUAGAAGUUCAGUCAAAUUUCCAUUAUCUAAACUUCUUAGAGUGUUGCAUUUGGGGGGCAGAUUUUAUUGGGGUACAUGUUUUCCAAGGGAAGUAUUAUUCUUUGUUCACUUGAGGUACUUGAAGAUUGCAUGGCAAAAAGGGGAAAUUCCAUCUGCAAUAGUCAACCUCUCCAGGUUAGAAACUUUUGUGGUAGGAAGACGCCUUACAAUUAAUUAUUUGUUACCCAACACUGUCUGGAACAUGAAAACAUUGAGGCAUCUUGUCGUUUUUCCAAAUUACGUUCCAAAUUACGGAAUUGGUUUCAGAUUUCCCAUCGACAAUCUUGAAGGCUCCCCGGAUUUAAAACACUUAGACACUUUAACCCUUGCAAUCGAUCCCUCUUCUCGAAGCUUGCAAAAGAUAUUGUCAAAAUUACCGAGCAUCCGCAGGCUAACAUGCUUGGAAGUGAAUCGCAGAGCAUCUGCUGGAAAUCACAAUGAUAUUCUUGUGCUGAACUACUUGAGUUUCUUAGAAUCACUUAAGCUCAGUGGCUUUGCCGGAUAUGAGUCCCGUUGA